CUCCAGCCAGCUGCUCCUGCAGAGCCUGAGUGCGGGUGUGUGUGUGAGUGUGUGAGUGUGAGUGUGUGUGUGCAACAUGGAGGGAGGGACUGGAGCUGCCGCCUCUGCCUUCACCAAUAUCUACACGGCAGCUUUCACUGCGGGAGCGAUAGGAACUGGGAGCAAUCUUGAUGAAUCGGAAAGAAUGAUGAAGUCCUCUGUACAUACAGAAGAAGAUGACUUUGUGCCAGAGCUUCAGAGAAGCAUCCACCCCAGAGAGAGGCCAGACUGGGAGGAGACUCUCAGUGCUAUGGCAAGAGGUGCAGAUAUCCCUGACAUUCCAGGGGAGUUGCCUCUCCGGACCUGUGGCAGCACAGCAAGUAUGAAAGUGAAGAAUGUAAAAAAAUACAUCAACCCGGGACUGAUGGGCUGUGAUGCCUUUCACAGGUUAUCCUUUACAAAGGGUCAUUUCCCGAAGAUGGCCGAAUGUGCACAUUUCCAUUAUGAAAACGUGGACUUCGGCAACAUACAGCUUUCCCUCCCGGAGGAGCAGAAUGAAGUAACGAGGAACGGCUGCGAAUCCAAGGAGCUGGUCUACCUGGUACAGAUCUCUUGUCAGGGGAGGAGCUGGAUCGUGAAGCGGAGCUAUGAGGAUUUCAGGGUGCUGGACAAACACCUUCACCUCUGCAUUUACGACCGGCGCUUCUCGCAGCUCUCGGAGCUGCCCCGCUCCGAUGCCCUGAGGGACAGCCCGGAGGUAACCACCAGCUCUCUACACAUGUAA